UAACUUUGGUCUCUGCUUUUGUCUACAUGAUGAUAAGGUUGGUGGACCUAGCUGGAAAUGUGAUGGAAAUAGCUAGUAAAAGAAAGAACUUUGCAUUUUCUGUUUUCUUAAAAACUGAAAAAUUACAUAACUUGUGGCAAUUUGUCCAUUUUCAUACUGAGAGAUAUUUCUAUUUUUUGGAUAUAUGGCUUAUGCUGCUGUUACUUCCCUUAUGAGAACCAUACAUCAAUCAAUGGAACUUACUGGAUGUGAUUUGCAACCGUUUUAUGAAAAGCUCAAAUCUUUGAGAGCUAUUCUGGAGAAAUCCUGCAAUAUAAUGGGCGAUCAUGAGGGGUUAACAAUCUUGGAAGUUGAAAUCGCAGAGGUAGCAUACACAACAGAAGAUAUGGUUGACUCGGAAUCAAGAAAUGUUUUUUUAGCACAGAAUUUGGAGGAAAGAAGCAGGGCUAUGUGGGAGAUUUUUUUCGUCUUGGAACAAGCACUAGAAUACAUUGAUUCCACCGUGAAACAGUGGAUGGCAGCAUCGGACAGCAUGAAAGAUCUAAAACCACAAACUAGCUCACUUGUCAGUUUACCUGAACAUAUGCGCCUCAUGAAUUUUGACGAAAGUUGGAAUUUACUACACAAAAAGAUCUUUGAAAAAGAAGGUUCUUAUUCUCCUGAAUUUGAAAAUAUUGGGAAACAAAUUGCAUUAAAAUGUGGAGGGUUACCUCUAGAAAUUACUUUGAUUGCUGGACUUCUCUCCAAAAUCAGUAAAACAUUGGAUGAGUGGCAAAAUGUUGCGGAGAAUGUAAGUUCGGUGGUAAGCAGAGAUCUUGAAGCAAAAUGCAUGAGAGUGUUGGCUUUGAGUUACCAUCACUUGCCUUCUCACCUAAAACCGUGUUUUCUGUAUUUUGCAAUUUUCGCAGAGGAUGAACGGAUUUAUGUAAAUGCACUUGUUGAGUUAUGGGCCGUAGAGGGGUUUUUGAAUGAAGAAGAAGGAAAAAGCAUAGAAGAGGUGGCAGAAACAUGUAUAAACGAACUUGUAGAUAGAAGUCUAAUUUCUAUCCACAAUUUGAGUUUUGAUGGGGAAAUAGAGAGAUGUGGAAUGCAUGAUGUGAUCCGUGAACUCUGUUUGAGGGAAGCUCGAAACAUGAAUUUUGUGAAUGUUAUCAGAGGAAAGAGUGAUCAAAAUUCAUGUGCACAAUCCAUGCAGUGUUCCUUUAAGAGUCGAAGUCGGAUCAGUAUCUAUAAGAAGGAAGAAUUGGCUUGGUGUCGUAACAGUGAGGCUCAUUCUAUUAUCAUGUUGGGUGGAUUGAAAUGCUUCACACUGGAAUUGUCUUUCAAGCUAGUAAGAGUACUAGAUCUUGGUUUGAAUAUAUACCCAAUUUUUCCCAGUGGAGUACUUUCUCUAAUUCAUUUGAGAUACCUAUCUUUGUGUUUUUAUCCUUGCUUAAAGCAGUAUCGAGGAUCGUUAAAAGCUGUUCCCUCAUCAAUAAUAGACAUUCCUCUAUCGAUAUCAAGCCUAUGCUAUCUACAAACUUUUAAGUUUAACUUUCCGUUUCGUGAUUGUGCUUAUCCUUUCAUAUUACCAUCGGAAAUUUUGACAAUGCCACAAUUGAGGAAGCUGUGUAUGGGCUGGAAUUACUUGCAGAGUCAUGAGCCUACAGAGAACAGAUUGGUUUUGAAAAGUUUGCAAUGCCUCAAUCAAUUGAAUCCUUGGUAUUGUACAGGGUCUUUUUUUAGACUAUUUCCCAAUUUAAAGAAGUUGAAAGUAUUUGGCGUCCCAGAGGACUUUCGCAAUCACAAGGACCUGUAUGAUUUUCGCUACUUAUAUCAGCUCGAGAAAUUGGUAUUUGAUACUGUAACAACAGAUGAAGAUGAUGAUGAUGAUGACUUUGAGAAAGAAGUUGCUUCUUGCCGCAAUAAUGACAAGUAGUUAAGGUGUUCUGAGGACUAGCCAUUUUCAUAACUUGUGGCAAUUAAUUUGUCCAUUUUCAUACUGAGAGUGAGAGAUAGUCCUAUUUUUUGGAUAUAUGGCUUAUGCUGCUGUUACUUCCCUUAUGAGAACCAUACACCAAUCAAUGGAACUUAUUCGAUGUGAUUUGCAACCGUUUUAUGAAAUAUGUUUUUUUACUUACAAACAUUGAAUUAAAAUCUUUUGAACUUUUAUAAAUUAAGGUUUUUUUCUUUUAAAGAAAUCGAUACUGUAAUCCUCUAUAUCAACGAGUUUACUCAUGUGAAGGUCAAGUGAUAAAACCAGGGGCCAGAGCCAGUCUAGACCUAGGGGGUUCAGAGCUUUUGUAAUUGGAUCAUUGUGAUUACGGGUUGAAUGUCUAAUUUUCUAGGCGAUAAUGAUAGUAUUUUGUAUCUGAAUAAUAGCUCACUUUUUCUAAGUAAUGGAAAAGAAGGUCAAAAUGUGCCACUAAAAGACUUGACUAAGACAAAAAUGGGUUGUCAAGAACGUAGAGGAGGGUAGGAUGGACAGAUGGUCAGAUCUAGUAUGGAUAAUACAUGGCAGUAGUUGGAGUGGCGGCUCUCCCAAAAUUCUCUCAUCUUAGUUCUUUGGAUUCGGUCUUAUACAUAUGUGAGGAAGGUAAUGAAAAAAAUUGGGGUAGAGGAUUACAGUAUGGGGAAUCGAGAAUUCAAAUAGUCAGUUAGUUAACUGAGCUAUUAAGAUUUCCAAAAAAAAAAAA